CGCAUAUUGCGGAAUAUUGCGGAAAUAGAUUUACUUUCAUUGUUGUCCUCUAUUAAAUGCAAAAAUGCGAGCAGAACGUGCUGCAUGAAGAAUUGAGCGCAGCGAAGACUACGGAUGAUAUAUAUGCGUAUCGGCAGAUUGUACAAAACUAAGUGCGAUUUUGAAAAGGCAGUGGAAUACAAUCCAAAUUAUUGCGUAGGAUAUAUACGCAAAUGUUACAAUGAUUAUUGUAUUAUGGAAGAAAUGCAUUUCUUCGAUGAAGAUGUACCAUUAAUCAUAUUUAUAGAGGAUGUUAAGAGAGGCUUCGAAAAGUUUCAAAAUUUUCCUGAAUGUUCAUAUCUUUAUGAAUUAUAUUCUCAGAUUAUGAUCUGCUGUCGAGAGUACAGAAAAGCUGAUACUUAUCUUGUUAGAGCAAUACAAAAAGAUCCAGAUAACGCAUUUAUCCAUGCGAACAGAGCCAUGCUACAAUUGAAAUGGAAGAAUGAUGAUGAUAAAGCUGUAGAACUUCUAAACAAAGCGUUAGAAUUGGAUGAGAAAUGUGAAUUGGCAUAUGAAGUAUUAGGAUAUACCGAAAUAAAAAGAGGAAAUCUAGAGGAAGCUAUAAGACUAUUUGACAAGGCUUUAGUAUUAUGUCGUAUAUCCGAGGAACAGCUAACGCGCAUAUACUAUUUGAGAGAGGAUGCAAAAUUACAACUUAAAAUAAAAAAUCAAUCAAAUAUCAUCAACAUUAUUGAGUUAUUCUCACGAUUCGUGAUUGACUCAUUAUUCUCAAGUGAAUAAUAUUCUCGUGCAUGUAAAGUGCGAUUUAAAGCACAUCAAAAGUAAAAAACCAUCGUGCUUGCUAAAGUGUAAAAAUAAAAUGUUACGUUAGUAUUUCAAUCUUUGAUACGAUAUACAGGGUAUCCACAAAAAAACGAAGUAUGCAAAUAAAUUGCAUUAUUAUCACUGUAUUACUUUAUAUAUUGAAAGUUAAGUUUUUAAUAAUAUUUUCUUUUUAAUUGCGUUGCUCUAUAAGAAAAAAUAGGCAAAUAAUUUGCAUUAUUACAAUCGCAUUACUUUAUAUAUCGAUAGACCUAAGUUUUUAAUGAUAUUUUCUUUUUAAUUGCGAUAAUCUAAAAAAAAGUAGUAAUAUAAUAAAACAAGUUAUUAUAGAUUAUGUUGUCGGACCUUUAAAGUUUUAACAAAUUAAAAUUUGUGAACGUGUA